GAGGUGAAGUCGCAUUAUAUGAACUCGUGCGUUAAGACGUAAAUUUUAUGCUAAAAAUUGUAAACUUGAAAGAACCAUAUUAACUUGGAUUGUCUAUGUGUUCUAUUCUGUGGAUUUUUUCUUAUUUGGCAUUGCUGUUUUACCUAUUCAUAAUAUUGUUUUGCAUCACCGUUGGUUUGUUUUACGUAACUGAGCUAGUGGAAGAAUAUAUUGUCACUACGGGCAAGAUAAUACGCUAUACAAUAUAUGCAGAGAUAGUACUUCAUUUCAUUCUUCUGAUAACGGAUGAUGUUCCUGUAAUACUUGUACUGACUGGAUUAGUUUGUCAUUGUUUUUACAGUUCAAUGUUAAAAACAUUUCCAGCUUUCCAUUAUCAGUCGUUCAGCUUUCUCGGUAGUGCUUUCCUGUUAAUUAUUCACCACUUAGUCGCAUUUCGUGCAUUUUCACACAACCCAAGUCCAUUCUCUUACCUCAUAGCAUAUUUUACAUUUUUCUUAUGGGCCGUUCCUUUCCUUUUUUUAAUCUCAUUAUCAGCAAACGAUUUUGUUCUGCCACAAACAGUUGAAUAUCAGCUUCCUGUUGAAAGUGAUUAUUUAUUACAGAGUCAACAGAAAAAAAAUGAUCUAGUUUCUGCAUAUUUCAAAUGUAAAAGAAAGAGCUUGUAUACAUUUCUUGCUUAUUUACGUGAAUUUAGUAUUCCUUUACGUACCAAAAAGGGCUUCUAACUUUUGGUAAUCCGUUUUAAUUUGGGGCUACUUAAAUGGUACGGUGUUCUGGUUUUCCGUGAAUAGUCGAAAUCUUGCCUGGAUAGUUUUGUUUUGUCUAUGUACCUUCAUAAUCCUAUUAUGGUGGUUAACGUUUGUACCUAAGUAACUGCGAAAGAUUUUUUUCCAUAAUGUGUAUUUUGGCUUAAUAAAAUAAAAUUACCUCAGUUGAGCCCACUGUGGUGUGUACUUCUUUUUGCUGCAAUAGAUCGACUGUUCUUUUUUUACUGAGCUACUUGUCUACUUAAGGUAUAUUUACAUUAUUAGUGGAUUGUACUGUAAGUUUGUAAAUAAUGCGCAUUCACGUUCUUAUAUUUAGUGGGAAUGAUUACGAC